AUUGAAUAUUGGAUAUUGGACCUAGAAGCGAGAGCUCAAAACCUGAGAGUUUCCUCUACUCGCACUAUUAAUGUUGGAUUUUGGAUAUUAGAUGUUUAAGGUUGUUCGGAGCAAGUGGUGGCAGGUAUUCCAGCGAAGAAACUGAAGAACUAGGUGAAUCUCCGCGGAAGUUACCAGUUUCAAGGAUUAACACAUGAUAGUAACCGAAUAUCUUGUUUUCUGGACAUUCGAAGAUAUUGGACUGUUGAAUUUAACUUACCAUGACUAUCUACCUUCGGAUUAAACGUUCAUAUUCCGAGUGUCCAAGUAAUAUUUAUGAAGCACAAAAUCUUAUUAAACGUCCGAAAAGUGAUUUGCAACCAAUUAAAUUCCAAUACAUUGGUAGUCAAACCACUUCAAAGGGUUCAUCUGUGGAUAAAAUUGAUGAAGUAUGUGAAUCAUCGGAUAAAUUAGGUAAGAUUAUAUGUAACACUUCAGAUGCUACGGUUGUUGAUGAGAAUGAUCACUCAACAAAGUGUCAGGUGAAAGUUAACAAUUUAAAACGUCCUGCUUCUACUAACCUUUUUAACCAGUUUAGUCAUCUCAGUUGUGAUUCACCUGAAAAGCCAAAUGGUCCUCGUCCUCCAAAAGUCUUUAAAGUUAUUGAAUUAACCCCAGAAUCUACUGUCACAACUCCAUUGAACUGCGGUAAUAACAAGGAUGUUGAGAACAGUGAAGCUGACUUUGUUUAUGAUAUCUAUAAAAUGAUAUCCAAUUCAUAUUAUCCUUCAGAAUCAACAAUAUGGUGUACAGAAAACGAUGUGUCAAACGAUAAUCCAUUUAUAAAAAAUAUGAAUAACUACAUCUGUGAUGAUUAUGAUGAGGUGGUGUAUGAUAAUGAUGAUGAUGAAGAUGAUUCGAACAGUGAAUCCAAUUGGCGAAAUGAUUAUCCCGAUGAAAAGAGUUCAUCCAGUGAUUCAUUAUCAUCGAAAUUAUCAGACAGUGAAGUAGAAUCAGAUGAUGAUGAUGAUUAUUAGUUAUAUCCUAUCAUCACAUUUAUGACACUUAUCUAUUAUUGUACAUACUACUUUCACUCUUUCUUAUUAUUCUUUGUUUUACAUUUUUACCUAUUUAUGAUGAUUUGUUUGCUAGUUGUCAAGAUCUUAAACUGUCCAAUAAAGUAAUCAUAGAAGUCUCACUAAACAUUGACCUUUCAGCCUCAGUUUCUUUGACGAGUUUAAAUAACUGUCUACUAUUACCUGUUACUGCUACCCUUUCCAUUUCUUUAGUCAUCACUGCCGCCUACCAUUGUUCCUGGUCAUUACGUGGACUUUUUAUCAAUCAAUAUUUGAUCCUAGUUGUGCUCGUACCCUGCAGGAAUGCGAUCAUGUGCAUCCCAGUAAUUCAGAAGAAGCAACUGAGAUCCGUUUAUCCUUUCUAACCACUUUCUGAGGUUCGUUUGCUACUUUCAACACUUUUUUACAGUAGACUGGAGAUGGCAUCAGCUUUCUUCUGAAUGAAUGAUGUUGCUCUGUUCCGACAAAUAAGUAAUCAGUUUCUCGUUGAAAGCAUCCUUAGUAUUCUUGUCGUAUAGAUGCACUAGCAAUGGUCUUGUUACAGUUUCUUCGACUUCUAUUUAGGUGCAAAAAUGCACGUGUUCGCUGUCCACAUAUGUGUUCCAGAAAGAGCGGCAAUUCCCCACCGACCCUCUUCAGG